AUGGAGCGCGCGCGCGGCGGAAGACGGCGGCCGCACACCGCGCCCGCGGGGACGCACCGCGGAGAAAGAGGCGACCGCGCGCGGAACGCGACCGGCCGCGUCGCGUCCGCGCGCGACGCCGAAGCGAGCGCUCCAUCGCCGCCGCUCGACCCGCGGACGCCGUCGGGCAUGCGCGCGAUUCGACGGCAGGCGGCGCGGGACACGCAGUCCGCGCGCGCGGCGUCGCGCGCGCGGACGAUCACGCGGACGCCGGUCGCGGAGCAGCGGCGCGGCGACGUGGGCGGCGGCGGCGGCGGCGACGGCGGCGACGCGACGGACGCGCGCCGGGAUCUUCUUCAUCCUCAUCGUCGUCAGCAUCAGGUGCGUUCUAUACACUGGUUCCCAUACGACCACGUCGGCGUGGUGAACGCCGAUCCUUAA